AUGGUUUAGUCGUUCCCGGAAGAACCACUGUUUACAGCAUCGCAGUAAUAGCUGGAAGGUUUAGAGUCGAACGAUAAACAGGAGUUAUGCAUGUUUCUUAGCGUUCUAAUAUUUUGUUAAUGCAUUUGUCUGAAUUAGCAGUAACCUGUGAUUUAAAAUGACGGUUUGGACGAGAAAGAGCGGCCGACAAGCUGGCUAGCGCUGCUGGGUUAGCCAGCGAGGCGAGAGCAGUAGCAGCAGCUGCUAACUGAGCACGGAGCGGCUGCUGGUCCGUCCAGUCCAGGAUCUCAGGAAGACAAGCGGCCAUGGGUGCAGAGAGCAGCGCGGCGCGGGGUUGCACUCUGCUGGAGGAGCCGCUGCUGACCCUGCCCUCCGGACCCACCAUGUACUCGGCGGUUCUCCAGGACGGGAAGCCUGCGUCUGUGUUUGUUCACAAGCGGGACAAUGAAGACAAAGUCAACAAAGCUGCUAAGCAUCUAAAGACGCUGAGGCACCCGUGUCUGCUGCGCUUCCUGUCCUGCUCGGUGCAGGACGGCGGCAUCCAUCUCGUAACGGAACACGUCCAGCCGCUGGAGCUGCUGUUAGACAGCCUGUCCCCGGAGGAAAUCUGCGCCGGCAUCUACGACGUCCUGCAGGCACUCAUCUUUCUGCACGAGAGGGGUAAAUCGAGCCACAACAACGUCUGCGUUUCCUCUGUGUUCGUCAGUGAAGACGGCCACUGGAAGCUGGGAGGGAUGGAGACUGUGUGCAAGUUCUCUGAAGCAACUCCAGAGUUUCUAGAUAGCAUUCAGAGUGCUAGAGAGGCCUCCUGUGUUCCUCCUGAAGAGCAGGCGGAAGACUUUAAAAUCCUUCCAGACAACCAUGCUCACGCUCGGGACUGUUACUCGUUUGGUACAAUGGUGGAGGCUCUGCUCCCUCUGCUGAAUGACUAUGUGUCACAAGAGCUCUCUGACAGUCUGACAAAAACCCUGCAGGCAGGCCUGCUGAACUCUGACCCCCUGGCUCGACCUCCACUCAGCACCUUGCUCAAUCACAGCUUCUUCAGGAAUGACUUUCUGGAAGUGAUGAAUUUUCUGAAGACCCUCACGCUGAAGACUGAAGAGGAAAAAAAUGAAUUUUUUAAGUUUCUCCUUGACCGUGUCCAGAACCUUCCUGAAGAGCUGAUUGCUUCACGCCUUGUCCCCAAACUUCUCCACUCCCUUGUUUUUGCAGAACCCAUGGCCGUCAAGAGCUUCCUCCCUCAUCUGUUAAGACCAAAAAAGGAUUCCAGUCAAGGUGACGGCAGUGAGGAUUGUCUGCUGUCUGUGUCCCUUCAUCAGAAACAUGUGAUUCCUCAGCUGCUUAAACUCUACGAAAUAAACGAAGAGCACAUUCGGAUUGUGCUCUUGACUCACAUCCACAUCUACGCCGAAUUCUUUUCCCACGAUGAACUAAAAAAUCAGAUUCUACCUCAGGUUUUGUUGGGCAUGAGAGACACCAAUGACUCUCUGGUUGCCAUGACGCUGCAAAGUCUUGCUGCGUUGGUGCCUUUACUGGGAGCUCACGUGGUUGUUGGUGGAGACAGAAGCAAGAUCUUUAAACGCACAACUCCAAGUUUUACCAAGUCUGCAGAGGUCACACCUGAAACUUCUCCUGUUCACAUAGUUGGAAGCUCAAACUCUCAGAUGGUUCAACCCUCCAAAUUCCUGAAUAUGCUCCCCAAACCAUCAGAGACCAAAGGCUCGGUCCUCAGCCACAUGGGAAACUUGACAGGCACACAAGAGAAGCCGAGGGUGAUUCCGCCAUCAUCUGAUAAAAGCCGAAAAAUGCCUUUAACCUUAAACGGCUUUCAUGAGGAUAAUAAUAGACAGGAAGUGUUCCUCGGUUCGGAGCAGGCUAACAGGCUAGAGGGCCCUGUGGAGGACUGGCCUGACUGGACUGAAAACGAUGUGGGAGAAAGUAGAAAUGCGCAGUCUGUCCACAUCCACAUUAAGGCAUCAGAGGGAGCUAAUGCUAUUAGCAGCAGACUCCCAAAUGAAAAUGCAGAGGAGGAGCCUUGGGAUGACUUUGAGGACCCUGAGCCGACGUUGGAUCUCUCCCCUACAGCUCCUUCUGCAGAUUCACUGAUUCUGACACUUUCCAGAGGGAGCACCACUACAUGCGCUAAUCCGAUUCCUGAACCGUCGACACUGAAAUCCUCUAAACCCCUAAAGCUGACCUCGGCGCUCUAUCAGUCGACACAGGCCAAGGAUACUUCUUCAUGGGACAAUGACUGGAGUCAAAAGGAUUUCCAGAAACCACUAAGACCAUCAGCCCCAGUACCCAAAUCAACAGUGCCAAUGAAGAGCGACAGGACAGGAGGUCUGGGGGAGGAGUUCACUAUUAAGGUGAAAAAGAAGGUAGAGAAAGACCCAGAACUGGAUUUGUUUGCAGACAUGGUGCCGGACAUCAAGUUAUCUUCAACCGCUCUGCUGCCUCUAGAGGAGAGAAGUGUGCAUGUCGCAGGAACGUCAGCGGUCUUUUCAGAUAAAACUCUUGAGACGGGCUCAUCCAUUGAUACUGUAACACUCACUGCCAAGUUUGCAGCAGCUAACCCAUCUGAGGCUGAAGCAGAUGGCUGGGGGGAUGGAGAUGACCUCAACUGGGAGGGUGAGAAUGCCUGGUGAUGACGACUGAUACAAAACUCAAUCUCCAAAACACUCAACCACUGGAAACCUUUAAUCCAUGCAUCACAUCUGGAGUUCCACUAUCCCACAAAGCUGGAAGAAGCUUCUCAUAAAAUGAUGCAGUCUGAUCAAGGAGAACCUAAAUCUAUUAUUUCUGUUUAUUAUGGAAACGUGGUGAUACAUGGGCAGCCGGGUGGUGCUAGACAUGGACAGAAGAAGCCAUUUGUAAUUGUUUGCCAGUUGACAUUAAUCACCUCAAUAAUGGUUAAAGAUCCUAACGAGGUAAAUGUCAUUGCUUUCGUUUGCUUUUUUAUGUGCCAAAUCAACUAUUAGCAUCAAGCUCAAGAUACAUUUUUAGCGGGACAAAGGUUGAUUUCUUAAAGGCUUGCACUUUGAAUGAAUGUGAAAUAGAAAAUCUAUUUAUUUGAGCUUUUUGGUUGGUGGUGAAAUAAACAUUUUGCUGCAAAAAAU